AUGGAUAGAGUGCAGAGUAGUUCCACAUUACAUCCUGAGAUUGUAUUAAGGAGGAAGUUUGUGCUUUCUGCUUUGGUCACGCGGCUGUUGUUUUUCCAACUUUUAUCUUCUGAUGCGAAGACGAAAAAUAUGAAUCCGUAUAAUGAAAAACGUGUGUUACAACAAAAUAGGAAUAUACAAAAACAAAACAAUGUACCAGAUGGCUUCCCAAAUUUUAUUAGAGAAGGUUUUGAAGUUAAAGUGAUAGCACCAGAUGACUAUAUAAAAUGUGAUUCGGGGCUAAUAUACCGAGAUUUUGAAGUUGGUACAGGUGAUUGUCCAAAGGAUGGUGAGCAGGUCACAUUUCACUAUGUUGGCUAUGACGAAUCUGGCCGCCGUAUUGAAAGUACUUAUUUGCAACGUUUUCCUGCCAAAAUUCGCAUGGGUAACAACGCAUUGGUUCCUGGAUUUGAAGAAGGAAUUAGAGACAUGAAAGCUGGUGGAAAGAGAAGAAUAAUUGUCCCCCCUAAUCUUGGACCCCCGUUGCAUGUCAUAGAUGGGAUUCCACAAUUUAUCUUUGUUCGAUCAAGGUAUACUAUUGAGGUUAGGCUUUUAUAA